AUGGCGACGUCUGCAACGACACGUAAAAACACUGAACAUAAACAACCCAUCAAAAGUGGUCUUUCACUUGUUUGGCUUGAUGAUAGUGCUGGCCAAGAUCCAAAUGCAAAAGAAAUAUUUCGUACUCUUUUCGAACAAGUAUUUAUAUUUACGGAGAGUACAGCAUGUCUUGAAUUAGUUGAAUCAGCUGACACUGAAACACCUUGUAUAUUACUUCUUGUUUCUGGUAAAUAUGGCCAAAUGCUUGUGAAAGAUCGUUUUCAAGCAUUACCUCAAGUUAAAGAUAUUUAUGUUUAUUGUUUUGAUGUUGCAAAACAUAAUCAAUGGGCACAAAAUUGUGAUAAAGUUCGAUGUGUUGAUUCUGACUUCGGUAGAAUACUUAAAUAUAUGCAAAGUUCUGUGCAAAAAGCUUUAAAACACAAACAACAACCAAUUGAUGAUCAACAAGAAGAAGAAGUAAUGGAAGAAGAAGCUGCAACGAAAGAACCAGAACGUUUUCUAGAUGAUAAUAAUUUAUAUGAUCAACUUGCACUUGAUAUCUUACUUCAAAAUUCUGAUCAUGAUGAUGGUAUUGAAGAUUUUAAGAACUAUUGUCGAACACAUGUAGAAAAUAAUAAUGAAGUACUAGCAGAUGAACAACAAAAAUCUUUUAAACCAAAUAUACCUAUUAAAGAAUGGUAUAAACAAGAUUUAGUUUUUAUUAAUUUAAAUUCAACUGAUUAUACUCAAUUAUGGAUACUUCGUUGGUUUAUAAGAUUAUUUCAUCAACAAUUAACUAAUGAAUAUGAACAUUUUAUUGAAGUUACAGCAACUAUUACUGUCAAUUAUGGUACAUGGUUAACUACCGAUGAACUCGAUGCAAUGAAACAUCGUAUUGGUGAAACGAUUAUUUUUACGGAACUUCUUAUGACGUAUGCAGCUAGACGUAAAGCAUUGAAUUCUAUAGCAGAUAAGAAAACAGAACAAAAGAAACAUAAAGUUAUAUUUGAAAUAAAUGCUAAUAAAAGCAAUCAUCAUACUGUUCCUUAUGCUGAAAUCGGAAAUGAUGAAGUUUUAUUCUGGUUUGGAUCUCGACAUCGUAUUAUAAAAAUAGAAUGUGUUGAAACGCAAGGUGACAAUAAAGAUUCAUAUUGGUUAAUUGGUGUAAACUUAUGUUCAACAUUUAAUAAAGAACAAUCUAUUAAAACUUUAUAUGAAUAUUAUGGUAAAAAAUUAACAGAAUUAAAUGAUGUUCACUAUGCAUUAGGUCGAAUUCUUAUGUAUAAAGGUUUGUAUUAUCAGGCAGAAAAAUGGUUACAAACUAACAAUCAUUAUGAAGAUUUAGCUGACUUAGCUGUACGUCAAAAUCAAUAUGAACGUGCAAAUCAAUAUCUUGAACAUUUACCUGAAGAUUCUAAUGAUGCUAAUUUAUUACGUGCUUAUAUAAAUCUAUUAUCAUCAAAUGACAAUAUUGCAAAAGGACGUACUAUUUUAAUGAAAAUAGGUACUGAUGCAACAGAUAAAAUUAUUCGAGCUCGAGUUAAUAUUGGUCUUGGCUUUAUUAAUCUAGCUGUUUCACAACAGAGUGAUCAAGCAUUAGACUAUUUUAUAUUAGGAAGUGAAACACUAUGUAAAAAUUUACCCGAUAUUCAUCCAGAUAUUGCUAAAUCAUAUAUUGGAAUUGGUUAUGCAUAUUUUGCUCAAAAGAAAAUAAAAGAUGCUGAGAAAUAUUUUCAAAUGGCUUUGACAAUACAAAAACAAUCAUUACCAUAUAUACAUCCUGAUAUUGCUAAAACUCGAAGUGGUAUUGCUCAUUGUUUAUCAGUACAAAAACAAACAAUUCAACAAGCAUUACAAGAAUUACAAUAUGCGUAUAAUAUUUUAAUGCAUACAUUUCCUCGUGAAUAUAAAAAACAUCCAGAAAUCUUAUUAACUAAGAUGGAUAUUGACAGAGUACGAAAAGGAAAAGAAUUACAUGUACGCAAUACGUUACUGGAUUAUAUUUAA